GAGAUUACAGAAAAAAUGGUCCUACUCUCAGAAUUCAAAACCCGCCGAAACGAUCCAAAGAGGUGUGCGGUGUAUACCAUACAACCCAAGGCGUACCCUAUAAAAGCUACCGCCCGAAAUCUAAAAAAAAAGAGCGUCUCCAGGUAUCUUCUGCCGCUCCGCAGCUCGAUGGAAGAAGAAGAAGAAGUUCUGGCCGAGGUCGAGGCGGUUCAGGCCGUAUACGGAAACGACUGCCACGUCAUCAAACAAUUCCCGCCGCACAUCAACGUCCACACAAGGCCUCGGACGGCUGACGAUUCGUCGCAACAGUUUGUUGAAGCUGUUCUUGAGAUCCGAGCAAGUAGCCAGUAUCCCCAGGAGCCACCUCAAGUUGAAAUUGUGGAAUCCGAGGGCCUCGAUGAGAAGCGACAAGCACAUCUGAUUACUAGCAUACGAGACAAAGCCCAGGAACUUGCUUCAUGUCUAAUGCUUGUAGCUCUUUGCGAGGAAGGGGUGGAGAUUCUUUCUAAUAUGAACCACCCUGAUGGGAACUGCCCAUUGUGUCUAUAUCCCUUGGUCCCAGAAGAAGGACAUGAUGACGUCCUGCCAUUUAUGAAGUUGAUGUCUUGUUUCCACUGCUUUCACAGUGAGUGCAUUAUUAGGUGGUGGAAGUGGCUCCAAGAGCAAAAUGAAACCGACCCUAGUAAUUUGAUUGAGGCAACAGUCCCUGCUUAUAGAGAUCUUGAAAACCGUGCAGAAGUGCACAGCCCUGUGAAGCAGAGUCAGGGAAAUUGUCCUGUCUGCCGUAAGGUGUUUCACACCAAGGAUAUCGAACAUGUACUUGACUUGCUUGUGACCAGUUCAUCUCAAUUGAAUUUGGACGGGACUAGCACAAGCAAUGAUGAGGAGUUCCUCCGAUCUGAAGCGGAGGAAAACAGGAGAAAGAAAUUUGAAGCCAUUCUAAAACUACAGCAAGAAAACAGUGGCCUGAUUGAGCCCAGAAGAAAUGACGUCUUAUUGCCAGGAAUGUAUCUUCCUCAACCCAUCCUGCCACCGGUCACAUCAACUGAAACUAUUGCCAGGAAAGAAGAUGAAGAUUCUGCAUGCAACCCCCCGGCAUCAGAGACAGAUUUAGGCGGCCCCUCAUACCAGCCUGGCACAAGCAAACCCAAGAGCACCAGAAAGAACCGAGGACAUCAUACAAGAAAACAUCUGAAUUCUCAGUCCAGCAGAAAACAAUGGAUUAAGAAAGACAAGCCUACUCUAGAUUGAAAAAGGCCAUUAAUGGGUGUUUGGAUAAAAGAAACCUAAAAUGCCGAUACAAAAAACUAAUGGCGAUUCCUAUGGAAAUGGAAGACCAUGGAUUCCAACAGCAAGUUUUGUUGUUUGUUUUGGAGUGUGACUUUUUUUGGGCUCGCUUGUUUCAUGGCCUCAGAAAUCAUUGUAACGUCUUUUUCGGAUGACAUCAAUUUCCACUAUUUUACAGGAAAACUGCAGUAAAGGAAACUGUAUAGGUAUAUUACCAAUUAAGUAUUUAUAUUAAAUUUAUUAAUUAAAUAUGAAGCUGCGUUUGAGUUGA